AUGUCCAGCCCACCGCCCAUCCACUCCGGCGCCGACGCGGCCCAGAUCGCGUCCACCUGCGCGUCGCUCAAGAUCACGACGACCGAGUUCGCGGAGCUGCAGAAGCGCGCGACAGCAGCCAAGGCCACUGCGUACUGCCGCUACAGCCGGUUCCGCGUGGGCGCGACGCUGCUGUGCGCGGACGAGGCGGGCGACGUGGUCUACGUGCCGGGCGCCAACGUGGAGAAUGCGUCGUAUCCAGUCGGGACGUGCGCCGAGCGGGUGGCCUUUGGCACGGCCGUGACGAGCGGCAUCAAGACGUUCCGCGCCAUUGCCGUGGCGACGGACAUCAGCCCGCCGGCUAGUCCCUGCGGCAUGUGCAGGCAGUUCAUCCGCGAAUUCUGCACUAUGGAGACCCCCGUCAUCAUGUUUGACAAGAACUCGGACUAUGCUGUCCUGACAGUGGAACAACUCUUGCCCAUGUCGUUCGGUCCAGAUGCUCUCCCGCCUCCUGGCGCUCCGGGAUAUUGACAUGUCUCGGCCGUGCGUGGCACUAUUGAACUUGUUGCAGCUGCAAGGGAUGCCGGGGAAGGGCGGAUGGAACGACAGAGUGGCGGCGGUGUCACAAGUCUAAUUUAAUGACAAUGCAUGAAGGGGAGUUUUAUCUGGUGGAUUUGGUUGUGGAUAUUGUUUUCAUUUGAAGUAGGACAGGGUCAAUACAACAUAAUGCAUGUCUUG